GGAAGGACGAGUACCUUGGGGCGGGCGCUACGGUGUCUGGAGAAGCAAAGAAGGUUGCCAAUGGCUUUGCGCUGGCAGGGCGGGGUGCGCAGAUUGCGUGGCCGGUGGACAGAGACGGGCAUGGCCCAGGGCACGGUUCUGCGGGCGAAGAGGUGACUCUUGUGGCGACGGUGACCAUCAACAAGGCGCCGCUGACCGCCACCCCACUGCUGGGCGUGAUGACGAUGCCCACUGGGUCGUAUCUGGGGCUGUGGUACGACGAGCACAAGCGCUGGAAGACGAAGUUCGGGACGGAAGGAGCGAGUGCACAAACAAUGACGUGGGAGGAGGGAAGGGCAUACCGAGUGGUGCUCACGGAGAAAAAUGGCAGCGGCUCGGCGUACGUCGACGGACGGCUUGUGGGGAGUUUGGAGAAUAAACCUCCGUUUACAGAUGCGUUUCCUCCGCCUCCGCCUCCGCCUCCGCCUCCGCUUCCUAGUGACGGACCUCCGCGCGAAAGGCCGCCGGAGAGGGUCUCGCACAUCUUCGUUGGGGAAUACAGGUACGACGAGGAAAACGCAGAGUUCCACGUGACGGUGACGAACGUCUUGCUGUACAGCCGCUGCUUCGACGCCAGUGAGGUUGCGGCGCUGGAGAGGAAAGAAGAGGAUGCGUCGGCGCCGGGCCUAAACAACGCCUCCGCCGCACUUGCAAAGGGGGCUGCUGGCACAGUGCAGAGGGAGGCUGGCGGCGGCGACGGCGCUGUGCGUGGGUGUGUGUCUCGGCUGCUGCUGCUGCUUGCCCUGCUGGGGCUGUGGGGCACGACGGCUCUCUGCUGA